AAAGAUGUGGCCUGUUUUACUUUGGCAUGAACAUUGGUGGACUGCAUCCCACUUCACCCUUCUGUUGCAGCAGAAACAAGCAAUGUGAAGUCCUGGGGCACUUUAAAGAGCCGCGCAUUUCCUCAGAGAAGCUCUUGUGUAGGAUUACAGGGUGAAUGUGUGUGAAAGAAGACCUCUCAUGGUUACAGUGGGUGUGGGUUGUGUGCUUGUGCAGAGGAAGGAACUGUCAAAGGGGGAUGAUACCAGCCCCAGCUGUUCCUUCUUCCUCCAAAGAGUCGGUGGAGAAGUGUCCCGUGCGAAAGCGAGAAGGGCGUUAAGUGCGGCUGAGCUGGUGGUGUGUGGAGUAACUAAGGCAGGCUGCUACUCCUUCGGUCCCCUCCUCCUCCUCCUCUCCUUUCUCCCCCCCCCUCCGUUCCGUUCCUUCCCUUCCCCUUCCCUUCCCUUCCCUCCCUCCCUUUCCUUUCCCCCAGGGCUCUCCACCUUGCCGGCCAUCCCCUUCAUGAUGUGGAAGCUCAGCAAGGGUGGCAAAGUGCUGCUGGACGAUUCUCCCGAGGAGGAAGAGAGCCACCGGCAGGACCCACCACCUCCCUCAGCACCAGCAGCCACUUUCUCAGCACAGAAUAAGGAUCCUUCCCUUCAUGAUGAAGUUACAUCCUCUGUUUCACAACUUGCAACAAAGGUUCAAGGUGCAGGAUUUCGGGGUUGGAAAGAAGUAACAUCCAUAUUUGGUAAGGAAGAUGAACAACAAUUACUAACAGGAUGCAAAUCUCCGAAGUCUAAAGGAACAAGCUCAAAAUUAAAAGAGGAUGUGAAACUGGAAAAGAAAACUGGAUUUUGGGACAGUUUGGUGACCAAGCAAAACAUCCAGUCCAGGAAACCAGAUGAGAUUGAAGGAUGGGAACCUCCCCAGAUUCCUGCUGAUGACAACCUCAGUGAUGUAGGAAAUACUUUGCAUGACCAUCCAUCUUGGUCUGGCUGGGAAGAUGAAACCAAAGGCUCCACAAAAUACACAAACCUGGCAAGCUCAGGAAAUAGUUCACGGUGGAGCAUCAGAUCAGCUGGAAGGUUGGUUAGCAUUAGGCGACAAAGCAAAAGUAACCUUACUGAUAACUGGGAAGAGCUAGAAUGAUACAAAGAAUGUGAAAGGUUCUAUAAAUGAUCAUAGGUGACAUGAGUCAUAUAUUUCCUCAAACCAAAAUCAAAACUGCUUAAUAUUGCACCUUUUUACAAAACAAUAUUUUUCAAAUUGUCCACUGGUCUUCUCACCUUAUCGUAAGUUUUUUCAGUCUUUCUAUUUUCUUUGCUGAACUAAGUCAAGCACACACUUCCCCCGUGUUUCACACGUUUACAUGCUUACCAUCUUUUGAAGAACAAAUUUUAAUGAAUGUAUACUGUGGCUGAAUAUUAAUUGCCUUAUACUAGAACCUCACUGGUUUGAAGUUCUGGAUUAUUUGGUUUUUGGACAUCCUAACUUCAUUUGUUGAAGGCUGUCUUUGUUAUGUAAAAGUGCUGAUUCAUGGCUGACACUGCAUUGUUUGAGCUUAAUACAUUGUUUGCCAUGUCCUUCACGUAAACAUAUGAUUCUCACACUGAAACUUCCAAAAUCCUGCAUUUUCCCAAAGUACUGAAUUGUAAAGGAAGCUUGACAAGGUCAUACGUUUUCAUCUGCUUUCAUAGAAACUUCAUUGAUUAGUAGUAUAAGGCUUCUGCAUAUAGUUUGAGCUAUAAUUCAGCUAAAACACAUUUCUAGUCACUCCAAACCACAGAAUUAAUGAUAACAGCUAAGACCCGUGUUCCCUGAGUCCCUACACUAGAUGUCAAAAGUAGCUUCUGUGUGGUUGGAUUCCAUAUUGCUGCAGUGAUGUAAGCCAGGGCACAUAAUAAGGUAACUUACACCACAUUCUUGUGCAAUUGUUAUUAAGCUUAGUUUUUGUAUGUACAGUAGGAUCCCCUUAUACAUGGGAUCAGUAUCCGCUAAUUCACUUAUCCAUGGUCCGAAAAAUAUUAAAAGAAAAAUUCCAGAUAAAACUAUUUUCAUAUGGAUUGCCAGAACCAGCCACUACGUAGAGACUGUGCUAUGAAUUCCUUUUAGUGAAGAAUAUACAUUUUAGUGAAGAAUACACACACACACACACACAUAUAUACAUAUAUACAUACACACACAUGUGGAGCCUACUCUCAUGGAUUUUCUUAGCAACUCCUGCAUCAAAUCAGGCCUGAGUUUCAGAAAAUUCAGCUUAUGCAGAAUCCUCCUCCAUCUGUUUAGAGGCCCAUCGCUUUUCACCCAUUGCUUUUCACCCAUUGCUUUCACUUCCUUUAUGGCUUUGUUGUGGGAUUUUAGUAUUCCCUCUUCUUCCCAUUUCAGGGUAACAGAAUUUAAUGUUUUAGCUCUGCUGUGUACAAGGGUUAUUUUAGUGUGUGUAUUGCCUUUGUGAAGUUUAGCUUUACUGAUUGCUGCUAUUCUUAUUACUAAAAGGAAGCUAUGCAUUAUAGUACACAUGGGAAAUUGGAAAUAUAACUUAGGUUUGAGAUCCUCCCUGUCCCAAAGUGAGCAUUUGCACAUUCCAUUUUAUUUAGAAUUCUUUGGUUUAUAAAAUGAGAGUGAUAAAUAGGCACUCGUGUUCAGUGUGCCUACAAACCACUGUAACUUGAGAAGAAAGCGCUGCAGUACCUCGUUUGAACAACUUUUUUCCGGUCAACAAGGAUACUAGUUUCAGAGAUAUAAGAUCAUUUUUGCUGAGUGGGGAACAAUCAAAUGGUCAGAAUAAUUGUCCAAGAAAGAAGAACCUCUCAGGAUGGCUCCACGUACAAGCCUUCCUGCAGGUCUGGAGACCUAACUGGCUCAGAACAAUCUUGCCACAAAACAUUAUGCCUUUGCUGAAAGGAAUCCAGCACUGAGAACAUUUGCAAGAUGGAAGCAAGUUGUAAGGAACAAAGAGAAUCUCAGCAACAGCAGUCGUUGGAGCCAUCUUCUCAGCUAACUACUGCACCUGCUGAUUGGAAAUAAGAAGAAAAUAUUAAAAGUGCCUUGUUCUAAAAAAGUCCACAUUAUAAAUGCUCAGCUGUUUUAAAUGCUUCCUUUCUCUUCCUUUCCUCAUGCACCCUUGUUUAAUUUCUGUCCUAAAAUUCUGUAAAAUGUUUAAUUCAAAUACUAGAAUAUAUCCCUCCCUUAGGUUACAAAAUCUUUACUUGACCAUUGAUACUGAGCCUAUAUGCUAUUGUUUAUGCAGUAAUCUUAUUCAGCAAUGGACAACCAAAAACACAAAGUUCAAGAUUUUCUUCCAGCAAUCAGCAGUUUUCGAGUGAAAUGAACUGUUUUUAACUAGGCAGGGUUUCCAUUUUACAGUGUCCCCUUCCUGCAUGGUUUAUUAGCUUGAAUCUUUCCACUGAGUGGGGAGGUGGGCAAUUUCUCCUCUGCCUCCCUACAGCCUUCCUCACACUCUCAAUAUCUGUUCUGUGUAGGGUUCUGCAGGGAGACUCUGGAGUAGAUUUGGGGAUGUGAGGCUACCGGGUUGAAAGAGAGAAAUGAAACAGCAUGCUAGGCAAAUUGGAUGUGUUCAGUAACACCCCCCACACACACACACACAGUCAUACUGUAGUGUGGAGGAAUAAGAAUUUACUACAAUCCUAUAGUAUCUCAUAUAAUUCAGAAAUAUAUACAACUCCAGAUUUGUAUGGUUUCUUUCAAAAGUGAUAAUACUUUCCAGAGUCUUUGACUAUGCCCAGUCCUUGGUCCCUUCUUACCAUCUUACUCACACUAAUGAAUUCUAAUUCAGCAGGACAUUGUGACGAGAGACUGGUGCAGGUUACAGGAUUCUGAGUUGGAGAACUGCCCUUUCAUUUUGUCCAGUUAGCCUGUAACUUGGAUUUGGAUUAUUAGCACACCCAUCCCUGCUUGAUUUUUUGUAAGAGAGAUAUACUUGAAACCAGUUUCAUCUGUGACAUUUGGAGGGAGACCUGAUAAAGCCUGUAACUCUUAAGAAACUGGACUUUACAGUGAUUACGGUGGGAAAACUGAAAUCUGUAGCUUUGAAGGGCUGGAAUUUGGAUGUAACACUCUAAUUUAACCUUAAUCUGCAAAUACACAGAUUUGUGUAGGCAUGUUACAAUCAAAGAGAGUCUAAGUCAAUCAGAAUUAACCCUUUUUCUUUGAAGAUGGUAGAACUUGCCAGUGCUUAAUGUCAGUUUGGUUAUACCUUGGUUUCAUCUGUCGUGGAAGUACUUGUAGAAUAUAGCCAUUUGCUUUAUGGAAAGAUUUCUCUUGUUUACACUUUAUGGAGGAUCUUCAUAUGGCAGGUGUAGAAGUGUAGUGUGCUGGCAUUGAACUCAGAUACAGCAGUGGCAAUGAAAGAGACACAGAAGCUCAGGGUUUACCACUUGUGGAAGGUUUUUUGCAUACUGUGACAAGUUGAGGAGAUGCCUUGCACGUUAUACUGUGAAGUGCCUGUACUUUACCUUAAUGACUUGUCUUGAGAUAUCAAUCAGUUCUAUGUGAAAAUAAAACUUCAUACAGUCGUGUUAUAUUUGGAGAGCUACUAAAGGAUAGAGUUACAAAGCUGUAGGUUAUUGUAAAACAAAUGCCCUGCGUCUUGAUCACCUAUGCAUGGCUAAAGCUGUUGUUGUAUACUGACCAUUGGAGCUAAAAUGUUGUCUUAUGCUCAAAAAGCAGAAUGGAUUUAUCUGCUUCUGCAGCACUUUGCAGAAAAUGGUUGCCUUUGUUGCUCACAGUUACAUGAUGGGGCACCCCUUCCUAUGUUCUCCACAAGACCUAUGGAAUAUAAGGCCUACCUAUCUUGUUUCUUCCUUGUCUGCUGGAUGGCGCAUACGAGGGUGAACAGUGAAAGUUCUGUAAGGGAGACAAUGGCAGACACAUGGCUAUGCUGGACUCCUUCCCCAGCACUGAUAUAAGGGGUGUGUGCUGUUUUCUCAUUUGAUCUUAAUACUGUGUGCUGUGGAUGGCUUGUCCAGAGAUUGGGUCUCAAGUGGGAAUUUGAGAUAUAGGCUGGAAUCCUGUUGCAUAAGUUAUGUCAUGCAACUUGGAUGAUCUCACCAGCUGCGGCCAUUUCUGGAGAAUUAAACGUUUCUUAUUCCCCCCCCCCCCAAGGUUCUGGGGAUCCCUAGGGAUCCCAAUGAUACCAGUGAAGCCUUCAGGAGCCAUGGAACAGGGUGGGGAUUGAAUUAAAGUUGUGAAAUCGACACUGUUGGACCUGGUGGAAGGACAGGGAGCAGUGGUGCUAUUUUCCAGCUUUAAAUAAUCUCCUCCCUCAUUUUUCAACUCUGAAGUUUUCCCCAGAAUGAAAGGGAUCCCCAGAACCUAUUGGGGAGAAUAGAAAACUUUUAAUUUCACUGAAACAGCAGCAGCAUGGCAGUGACUGAUGACAUGAUCCAUGUUACAUUACAUAAUUUGCAAAGCAGGAUUCUGGCUGUAUAAAGAAUGCCCUGGUUUAUUUUAGCUAAGAAAGUGUUUUGCAAACAGGACACAAUCCAUCCAGAGUUAUGCACUUUCUGACCUCAUUGUUUUCUAUGGUGUUUCAUAUGUUUAACUUACACUGAAAUCAAGCUGAUAGAAGUGUCCUUCACCUUGGUUGGAUUGUUCCCAGGUUUUCCUAAAGCAUAAUGGUUUAAUAUUAAAACUAGUAAUUAAAUUUUAAUAUAAUUUAUUGUUGUGCUUCUGUAGAAUUAUUUGUUGGAGAAUUUUCUUUUUUGGUCUCCUAUUUGUUUAACAAGUAUUGAAUCCUUCUGUUCUUUAAAAUAUUGCUACCUAGAUUUGUAUGAGCCUUUCUUUAAAUGGUAUUUGUCCUUUUUUCAUUGCUUUGUACUUAUUUGAUUUUAUAUCUGUUGGUUCUGAAGAAGAUAUCAUUGUGAUUGCAUUGUAAGAUUGCACAUGGAAUAAUCAGUUAGAUGAUGUGUAUGUUGCCUUUUCACUGCAUCUAUGCAGAAUUCUUGGCUUGAAAAAGAAGGUGAAAUGCUUUAUGUGGCUGAAACAGUCACUUAAUAUUCACAUGGUUCCUUUCCUCUAUUUUAUUAGUUUCACUUGAAAAAUAUAGUAUUUUCACAGAUGAAUAAAAAAAUAAGUUGAAACCAAAA